AUGGUACAGAAGUCACAAGGAGGCUGUCAUCGUCGCCGCUGCCGCCGCCGGUCCCUCAUACUCCAGGUGGCGGCCAGUCCCAGCGCGGUCGCCCCCCGAAGUGGUCUCUCUCAGAUUCUGAGGCUGGUGCUGAAAGAAUUAAGUCUGUUCUAUAGCAGAGAUGUCAAUGGAGUCAGUCUUUUAUAUGAUCUCCUCCAUUCCCCUUGGCUGCAAGCCCUUCUAAAGGUUUAUGAAUGUCUCCAGGAAUAUAUCAUGAAGAAACCAAUCCCUGUCCUGUCCCAGGCACAAGCGUUAUCCUGUGAGGUAGUGGAGUUGUUGCGGGAGGUUCCUCAGUCCCCUGAGGUCCGAGAACUGAGACAAGUUCUAAAAGCCAAACAUUUCCAGGCCUUACUAAACGCCCAUGAUACUGUGGCUCAGAAAGAUUUUGAACCGGUUCUUCCGCCGCUGCCCGAUAACAUCCCUGAGAAUGAGGAAGCUUUGAGGAUUGUCUGCUUGGUGAAAAAUAAACAGCCCCUGGGUGCCACCAUCAAGCGCCAUGAGAUAACAGGGGAUAUCAUGGUGGCCAGGAUAAUCCAUGGAGGACUGGCUGACAGGAGUGGGCUGCUCUAUGCUGGAGAUAAAUUGGUGGAAGUGAACGGCAUUUCGGUAGAGGGUCUUGAACCAGAGCAAGUGAUCCAUAUCCUGGCUAUGUCCCAUGGCACAAUCAUGUUCAAGGUGGUCCCAGUUUCUGAUCGCCCUAUUAAUAACCAGACAACGGUUUACGUUCGAACUAUGGCCAAGUACUGUCCCUGGGAGGAUCCCAUUAUCCCUUGUGCAGAUGCUGGUUUGCCAUUCCGAAAAGGGGAGAUUCUCCAGAUUGUGGAUCGGAAUGACUCCCUCUGGUGGCAGGCCAGGAAGGUCUCUGACUUUGGUGCCUGUGCUGGUCUUAUCCCUUCUAAUCACCUUCUGAAGAGGAAGCAGCGGGAAUUCUGGUGGUCUCAACCCUUCCAGCCUCACUCCUGCCUCAAAUCAACCACAUUGAGUGCUGUGGAAGAAGAGGAUGACAUAAAGAUUGAUGAGAAGUGUGUGGAAGAAGAUGAAGAAACAUUUGAAUCUGAGGAGCUCUCAGAAGAUGGAGAGGAAUUUGCUGGAUAUGGCCAUCAGUUCUUUAUAGCCGGUUUCCGAAGAAGCAUGCGCCUCUGUCGCAGAAAAUCUCACACCAGCCAGCUGCCCGCCUACACUCACUGCUACAAUGCCCUGGGAGCCCCUUAUGAGGAGGUGGUAAGGUACCAGCGGCAUCCUUCUGAUAAGCAUCGCCUGAUUGUGCUUGUAGGCCCUUCUGGUGUUGGAGUAAAUGAACUGAGAAGGCGACUGAUUGAAACUGAUCCAAAUCAUUUUCAAAGCGCAGUGCCACAUACCACUCGCUCUAAAAAGAGUUAUGAAGAGGAUGGUCGAGAGUAUCACUACGUAUCCAAGGAAACAUUUGAAAGUUUGGUGUAUGGUCACAGAAUGUUGGAGUAUGGUGAGUACAAAGGAAACCUAUAUGGUACCAGUGUGGAUGCUGUUCGAAAGGUCCUUGAUGAAGGAAAAGUCUGUGUAAUGGACUUAGAACCACAGAGUAUUCAAGUGGCCAGAACACACGAACUGAAGCCUUAUGUCAUAUUCAUAAAACCGUCCACCCUGAAUCAUAUGAGGCAGUCCCGGAAAAAUGCCAGGAUUAUUACAGACUAUUAUGUCAACAUUAAAUUCAAGGAUGAAGACCUACAGGAGAUGGAGGAGUUAGCUAAAAAAAUGGAAACUCAGUUUGGUCAGUUUUUUGAUCAAGUGAUUGUGAAUGACAGUUUGCAAGAGGCUUGUGCGGAGUUGUUGACUGCUGUGCAGCAGGCCCAGGAUGAGCCACAGUGGGUCCCUGCAACAUGGAUUUGUUCUGACACGGAACCUUAACCAGGAGGCCUCCCUACCUGGCCCACUUGAGGCUUGAUCCUCACGCCAGAUUUUAAGGAAGCAUUUUUGCUAAGAGGAUUUGGAACAACACUGAAAAAGAGCUAGUGCAAAAAGAAGCAUUUCGUUUAUAGCUUGCAUAACCUUAUACCUGGGCCAUUUUUUUUCAGUGCUA